CUCAACUCUCGAGAGCUGUUUGACUCCGCGAAAAGUCAUACCGCCGCUGACAGAAACUCGCCACCAUGACUCAACUACUGACAGAACCCGACUCUCCUCCCAUACAAGACUCGAAAACCAUUGAAGACUUUCGCAUCCCGGAUAUCCCGCCAGCUGCGUUCUAUAUUCCAAAUUUCAUCACAGAGGAAGAAGAGGCCUAUCUACUUGAGAGACUUGAAUCAAGCCCCAAACCGAAAUGGAAGGCUGUUGGCAGCGGUAGAAGACUUCAAUACUGGGGUAAGCUAAGUCCCCCGGUGCGUCUCCGAGGCUAGGCUGACUGCUGGUAGGCGGGACAAUGUCCAAAGGUGGCAUCCUUCUACCCGAAGAGAUUCCGGAGUUCUUUACUACGUUCCCAGAUCUCAUAGGCCGGCUCAAGCAGACGUUGCAGAAAGCUGGGGCAGAUGGAUUCGCAAUGGAACCUAAUCAAGUUCUAGUCAACGAGUAUCAGAGCGGACAAGGAAUAUCUCCCCACGAGGAUGGCCCGGCAUUUGAGCCCCUUGUUGCUACCAUCUCCCUCGGCUCUCAUACGGUUUUGGACAUCCAUCAUUACAUCUCAACGACCUCUCCUUCUCCGCCUAUGGUAGCUAUACCACCCUCUGAGGGUGACGAAGCUCGCCCUGUCGCCGCAGUCCCAUUGGCACAUCUGCUCUUACUCCCUCGCUCCCUUCUCAUCAUUUCCGCAUCUCUGUAUGUGUCCCAUCUGCACGCCAUAGGCGAGAAGAACGAAGAUGCAGUAAGAGGAAGGGGUACUGCGAGCGAGAACGAGGUGGUGAUCGCCAACGCCGCCCUAUUAGGAGAAGCCAAUAUCGUAGAUCACCUGGAACAAGGGCAUACGUGGAUACGAGCACGAGGGACUCGUACCAGUCUGACUUUUAGACGUGCUCUGCGUGUUGUAAAGGGUGGGGCAUUAGGUAAAGCAAUGGGUGCUCUGAAACGGCCUUGAUGAGAUGCUGGCCCCUCUCGCUCAGUCGGACAUUUGGCGGCCCCGACAAUGCAUGUGCGCAUUCAACGGAAGCAUCACAGUAGACUCCUUUGCAUUG